CUAGAUGUCCUCCUUCUCACGGUGUCUGUCCCAGAUCACUUCCUGUUCCCUUAUAUGGUCACCUUCCUCCUUGUUACGUAAUUGAUUGUUCCCCCCACCUGUCUCCUGUUUCCCCAUUAUCCUUCUGUGUAUAAAUACCCAGUCUGUCUCAGUCUAUGUUACGGAGUCCUUGUUUAUAUGUUACAGUUUCAUGCCCGUCAUCCUUAUCUUGCCUUGCCUUGCGUUCGUGUCUUGUUUGUGUUUAUGUUUUGGAUUCUCUGGUUUUGACCCUGCCUGGACUGUUUACUCUAUUGGAUUACCCCUUUAAUAAACGACGUACCUGCAAAUUGGUUCCUUCUUCGUGUUUCCUAACACCUAACGUGACAGAAGGACUCCGUCAACGUAGGAACCAGCGGUAUGUCACUUUUCCGUUCCCCAGCCAAGAUGGCGGAGAGGCGGGUCAAGUAUCUUCGGUUGACCGCCCUCCGUCAAGACGGCAACGAAGUGGGUGCCCUGGCUCAAGUGUUCUGGUCCCUGGCUGAAGGCAUGGGAUACAAUGAUGCGGCCCUUAAGGACCACUUCAAUGGCGGCCUGGAUGAUCCAGUGCCUGAGGAAGAGAUGGCGCAGUUGGAAAUGCUGGAGUUCUGGGAAUUCGUGCGCUACCUGCAGUUUCGGUGUCGGUGGGAUGCCCCAGCCACUCCUGUCUCUUCCGGCAGGGUGGUCGUCAGCCCAGCACCACUGCCCAGGAUGGCCGCCAGCCCAGCGCCACAGUACAAGAUGGCCGCUAACCCAGCGCCAAUGCCCAAAUUGGCCACCGGUCCAGCGCCACAGUACAAGAUGGCCGCCAGCCCAGCGCCACAACACAAAAUGGCCGCCAGCCCAGCGCCACAGCACGAGAUGGCCGCCAGCCCAGCGCCACAGCACAAGAUGGCCGCCAACCCAGCGCCACAGCACAAGAUGGCCGCCAGCCCAGCGCCACAGCACAAGAUGGCCGCCAGCCCAGCGCCACAGCACAAGAUGGCCGCCAGCCCAGCGCCACAGCACAAGAUGGCCGCCAGCCCAGCGCCACAGCACAAGAUGGCCACCAGCCCAGCGCCACAGCACAAGAUGGCCGCCAGCCCAGCGCCACAGCACAAGAUGGCCGACUCAAAGCCUGAGUCUCCAGAUAAGGUGCACGAUGCUGUCCCGGAGGCAGAAGCGGUGCACGAUGCUGUCCCAGAGGCAGAGGCGGUGCUCAAUGCUGUUCCAGAGGCCGAGGCGGUGACCGAGGCCGUUCCCGAGGCAGUUACCGAGGCGGUGCCCGAGGCUGUUUCGGAGGUCGAGGCGGUGCCCGACACUGUUCCAGAGGCCGAGGUGGCACCCGAUGCCGAGGCGGUGCCCGAGGCUGUUCCGGAGGCCGAGGCGGUGCCCGAGACGGUGCCUGAUGCCGAGGCGGUGCCCGAGACGGUGCCUGAUGCCGAGGCGGCGCCCGAGACGGUGCCUGAUGCCGAGGCGGUGCCCGAUCCAGUUCUGGAGGCCGGGGCGGGGCCCGAGGCUCUUCCCAAUGCAGUUACCGAGGCGGUGCCCGACGCUGUUCCAGAGGCCGAGGUGGGGCCCGAGGUCGAGGCAGUGCCCAUUGCUGUUCCAGAGGCCGAGGCGGUGCCCGAGGCCGUUCCCGAGGCAGUUACCGAGGCGGUGCCCGAGGCUGUUCCCAAUGCAGCUACCGAGGCGGUGCCCGAGGCUGUUCCGGAGGUCGAGGUGGAACCCGACGCCGAGGCGGUGCCCGAGGCUGUUCCGGAGGCCGAGGCGGUGCCCGAGGCUGUUCCCAAUGCAGUUACCGAGGCAGUGCCCGUUGCUGGUCCAGAGGCUGAGGCGGUGCUCGAGGCCGAUCCCGAGGCCGUUACCGAGGUGGUGCCCGAGGCCAUUCCAGAGGCCGAGGCGGUGCCUGAUGCCGAGGCUGCGCCCGAUGCCGAGUCGGUGCCCGACGCUGUUCCAGAGGCCGAGGUGGUGCCCGAGGUCGAGGCAGCGCCCAUUGCUGUUCUGGAGGCUGAGGCGGUGCCUGAUGCCAAGGUGGUGCCCGAGGCUGUUCCAGAGCCAGGGCCAGUCACCGAGGACCCUCCAGAGCCAGGGUCAGUCACCAAUUACCCUCCAGAGCCAAGUCAAGUCACUGGGUGGUCUGCUGCUCCGUUCCGGGAGACUCCGGUCUCAACCACGGGGACGUGGUGGCCGUCCGCUCCACCCUGGAGGGCUCUGACUUUGACCACAAGGCUGUGGUGGUCUUCCGCUCCACCCUGGAGGGUUUUGACUUUCACCACAAGGCUGUGGUGGUCUUCCGCUCCGCCCUGGAGGCCUUUGACUUUGACCACAAGGCUGUGGUGGUCUUCCGCUCCGCCCUGGUGGACGCCUCAACAUGUCCUUCAUGGACUUCUGUUUUGUGUUUUUUGAGUUCUGUUAUGUUUCUGUCUGUUCCCUUUAGUUUAGUCUGGCCCUCCGUCCCUCCCCCUGUACCUCCUCCGGUCCUCCUCCCUCCUGGUCUCCCUGUUUUAGGUUUACAUUUCUGGUGUUUGUUCCCCAUGUGUUCCUUUUCCUGCCCUUCGUCCCUCCCCCUGAGCCUCCACCUGUCCGCCUCCCUCCUGGUCUCUGUGUUGUGUUUUGUCUUGGAGCGUCUGGGAGCCGCUCCGUAGAGGGGGGUACUGUCACAGUGUCUGGGUUGUUGUUCCCCGGGGUUCCACUAGAUGUCCUCCUUCUCACGGUGUCUGUCCCAGAUCACUUCCUGUUCCCUUAUAUGGUCACCUUCCUCCUUGUUACGUAAUUGAUUGUUCCCCCCACCUGUCUCCUGUUUCCCCAUUAUCCUUCUGUGUAUAAAUACCCAGUCUGUCUCAGUCUAUGUUACGGAGUCCUUGUUUAUAUGUUACAGUUUCAUGCCCGUCAUCCUUAUCUUGCCUUGCCUUGCGUUCGUGUCUUGUUUGUGUUUAUGUUUUGGAUUCUCUGGUUUUGACCCUGCCUGGACUGUUUACUCUAUUGGAUUACCCCUUUAAUAAACGACGUACCUGCAAAUUGGUUCCUUCUUCGUGUUUCCUAACACCUAACGUGAC